AUGGAUGUGGAUCGAGUUUCCGGUCGAAGGGAGAACUAUGAUCUCAAUUUCGAAGUUCAUCCUCUCCAAGAGCCUCAAUCUAUUUUUUCAGAUAGUAUUGUAUCCCCUACAUCCAGCAGACAUGUGAACCGAGCGAUCACUACCUAUACAGCAUUCAAUGCCCCAAGAGAAAGAGCCAAAAAGAUUUUCUAUUUACCCAGAAGGAUUUUCCAGUGGAUCUACUCCAUUUCGUUAUUUCUCUUUGUCUGUUUGACCAUAGCCUUCAUAGCAGUGACUGUCAUUGAUGUGAUAGUCCAGACGUCCGGAACGUCAUUUUCUGGCAUCAAAAUGUUUAUCGUGAUCAUUGUAUGUGUUGUUUUUGUUGUUUUAGCGUUGUUUCUCUACUUUCUGAGAUUAUAUCAGUAUCGAGUUUCGAUGAAUGACAUCCCUUCAAAGUCGGUGUAUAUUCCGUUCAAAGACGACAUGCCUGACGAGGUAUUUGAGAGUAUAGACGAAAAGCUUAGAGAAUGUGUGGGUGAGAUUAAAGUUAAGGCUGGACCCUUGUACAACGAAGAUGUCAUAAAUUACCCUGGGGUAUCACCUCCAGAGUAUGUGCAGAAUAGAAAUAGAUUACGAACAGCUACAGGCGAAGGAUCACGCCUUCCACCAGAGUCAAACUACGAGGAUGUGAUUCGGAGUUUGGGCGAUAAAUUCCGCCACGACGGAAAGGUAUUUACGCAAGUUGAUCUUCCUGCGGACCUUUCGUUCCGAGAAAUCGUCAUAUACUUGAAGGAGAUUUUCAUGAGCGAGGUGGAUGGAAUUUCAAAGGAGAGGAUCCCAAAUCUAGAAAGAAUCAUCAAAUUGUAUGAAAAGUUCCGUUUUGGGUCAGAAUUGAUAAAAGAGGGAGACUUGUUUGAAUUCAUGUUAGAGUUUGAUAAGUUGGGACAGAUAUGCCAGAGUAACUAUGAGAUAAAGCUUCCCAAGUCACGAAGAAUAUCCAGAAACCGACUGCUGCGAACACUCGAUGACAUUCUUGACAAUUCUAUCUAUCAUCGUGGAUCGAUCCCUCAGUCAGAUAUGGCAUAUUAUCACAGCGAGGCUUUGGGAGAGUCAGACGAGGAAAGAGAGUACGAUCAUUUUUACGCGAAUAGCGACUUGUCAACUCCACAAUUCUAUCACCAGGCACCAGAGGCCGAAUUUUACGAUCACAUUAAUGAAGACACCGAGUCUUCUGACUCGGUGAUUCAAUCCAAAGACAUGUUGGUAACGGACAUGCUUGAUACUUCCAGAACUACAGGCUCAGCUUCGCUUUUAAGACGUCCAUCCAGUUUCAGUAGCUCACGACUGGUUAUUCGUAAUAAAUUGUCACUAGCAGCGACAGAACUGUCUUUUGACAGACAGCGAGAUCAAGACAGGGAUUCUAUAAGAAAUAGCAAGAGAUACAGUGGCUAUAUGAGCGAUAGUGAAAAUGACGAAGACCCCAAUGAAUUUUACCGCUUCCGGCGGCAACCACGUUCGCUGCAGCCGGAGUCCAUACUAAACAAGGUUACGUUCAGCAGUCUGCGUUCGCCGGAAAAGAAAUAG